AGGAGAGAAGGUCCCGCAGGAGCAAGCCGGAAUUGGGGGCUCGUGGGCGACCCCUCAGGAUUUUCCUGCUGGCAACGAUGGGGAGACGGCGGGGGCUCUGUUUGCAGCCUUAUUUCCUCUGGCUGGGCUGUGUGGCGCUUUGGGCGCAGGGAGCAGCUGGGCAGGCUAAGCAGCAGCAGCAGCAGCAGGUCCGUCCCGCUGAUGAAGCAGACGGGAGUAGCAGCAGCAGCAGCAGCAGCAGCAGCUACCCUGUCUUGGGCAGACUGGAAGGAGGCACCGCGCCUGCCGCAGCCGCCACCAUCAACCGAGUCCGGAGAAGAGGCCAACAGGACGUACUCAGGGGGCCAAAUGUGUGUGGCUCCAGAUUCCACUCCUACUGUUGCCCUGGAUGGAAAACGCUCCCUGGGGGAAAUCAAUGUAUUGUUCCAAUUUGUAGAAAUAGUUGUGGCGAUGGAUUUUGUUCUCGUCCUAACAUGUGCACUUGCUCCAGUGGACAAAUACUGCCAACCUGUGGAACAAAAUCUAUACAACAGUGCAAUAUCAGAUGCAUGAACGGUGGUUCCUGUCUAGAUGACCAAUGCCAGUGUCAAAAGGGAUAUAUUGGUGCUUACUGUGGUCAACCGGUCUGUGAAAAUGGAUGUCAGAAUGGUGGUCGCUGCAUUGGACCCAACCGUUGUGCAUGUAUAUAUGGAUUCACAGGUCCACAGUGUGAAAGAGAUUAUAGAACAGGCCCUUGUUUCACUCAGGUCAACAACCAGAUGUGUCAAGGCCAACUGACGGGCAUUGUUUGCACGAAGACUCUUUGUUGUGCAACCAUUGGACGCGCAUGGGGCCAUCCUUGUGAGAUGUGCCCUGCUCAGCCCCAGCCAUGCCGCCGUGGUUUCAUCCCCAACAUACGAACUGGUGCAUGUCAAGAUGUUGAUGAAUGUCAGGCUAUCCCUGGAAUCUGCCAAGGGGGAAAUUGCAUCAAUACAGUUGGAUCAUAUGAGUGCAAAUGCCCUGCAGGCCACAAACAGAAUGAAGCAACUCAGAAGUGUGAAGAUAUUAAUGAGUGCAGCCUCAUUCCAGGAAUAUGUGAUGCUGGUGAAUGUUCCAAUACUGUGGGAAGUUAUUUUUGCCUAUGCCCACGUGGCUUUGUGACAUCUGCUGACGGUUCACACUGCAUUGACCAAAGAGCAGGUACAUGUUUCUCCAGUCUGGUGAAUGGUCGCUGCGCACAAGAGCUCCCUGGCAGAUUUACCAAAAUGCAAUGCUGCUGCGAAUCUGGGCGAUGUUGGGCACUUGGAUCCAUUCCAGAGAUGUGUCCUGUUAGAGGUUCUGAUGAAUACCGUAGGCUUUGUAUCGAUGGGAUUCCUGUUGUAGGUGGUUCCAGACCUGGUGGCACAGGAGGAAAUGGCUUCCUUCCUGGUGGAAAUGGCAAUGGCUAUGGCCCUGGAGGAACAGGAUUCGUUCCCAUUCCUGGUGGAAAUGGCUUUUCUCCAGGUGUGGGUGGGGCUGGCGUAGGGACCGCUGGUCAAGGUCCCACAGGAAAUGGCCCCAUCAUUACAGGCCUGACUAUACUCAAUCAAACAAUAGAUAUCUGUAAGCACCAUCCAAAUCUUUGUUUAAAUGGACGCUGCAUCCCAACUAUUUCCAGUUAUCGAUGUGAAUGCAAUAUGGGAUAUAAACAAGACGCAAAUGGAGACUGUAUUGAUGUUGAUGAGUGCAUAUCAAAUCCAUGCUCUAAUGGAGACUGUGUGAACACACCUGGCUCUUAUUAUUGCAAAUGCCAUACAGGUUUUCAAAGAACGCCUACAAAGCAGGCUUGCAUCGAUGUUGAUGAGUGUAUCCAGAAUGGUGUCCUUUGUAAAAACGGCCGGUGUGUGAACACGGAUGGAAGUUUCCAAUGCAUUUGCAAUGCUGGAUUUGAACUAACUACAGAUGGGAAAAACUGCAUUGAUCAUGAUGAAUGUACAACUACCAACAUGUGUUUGAAUGGAAUGUGUAUAAAUGAGGAUGGCAGUUUCAAAUGCAUCUGCAAACCCGGUUUUUUCUUGGCUCCUAACGGGCGUUACUGUACUGAUAUUGAUGAAUGCCAAACUCCAGGAAUUUGCAUGAAUGGGCACUGCAUUAAUACUGAAGGAUCAUUUCGUUGUGAAUGUCCACCAGGCCUAGCUGUUGGAGUCGAUGGUCGAGUUUGUGUAGAUACCCAUAUGCGAAGCACAUGCUAUGGUGGAAUCAAAAAGGGAAUAUGUGUCCGCCCUUUUCCAGGAGCUGUGACAAAAUCUGAAUGUUGUUGUGCCAAUCUGGAUUAUGGCUUUGGAGAACCUUGCCAUCCAUGUCCUGCCAAAAAUUCAGCUGAGUUCCAUGGUCUGUGUAGCAGUGGAGUGGGAAUUACAGUAGAUGGAAGAGAUAUUAAUGAGUGUGCUUUAGAUCCUGAUAUUUGCUCCAAUGGGAUUUGUGAAAACCUUCGUGGCAGUUAUCGUUGUAAUUGCAACAGUGGAUAUGAAUCAGAUGUUUCAGGAAGAAAUUGUGUUGACAUUGAUGAAUGUUUAGUGAACAGAUUAUUAUGUGACAAUGGCCUGUGUCGAAAUACACCUGGAAGUUACAGCUGCACAUGUCCAAAGGGGUAUAUAUUCAGCAGUGAAACUGACACAUGUGAAGAUAUAAAUGAAUGUGAAAGCAGCCCUUGUGUCAAUGGUGCCUGCAGGAACAAUCUUGGUUCUUUCAUCUGUGAGUGUUCAUCUGGCAGCAAACUAGAUUCUACGGGCUUCAUCUGUAUUGAUAGUCUGAAGGGAACAUGUUGGCUGAAUAUCCAAGAUAAUCGCUGUGAGGUGAACAUCAAUGGAGCCACUCUGAAAUCAGAAUGUUGUGCUACUUUGGGAGCUGCUUGGGGCAGCCCUUGUGAGCGCUGUGAAUUCGACACAGCAUGCCCCAGAGGAUAUGCAAGAGUCAAAGGUGUUUCCUGUGAAGAUGUAAAUGAGUGUGAUGUGUUCCCUGGUGUGUGCCCCAAUGGACGGUGUGUCAAUAACAGAGGAUCCUUUCAAUGCGAGUGCCCUGACGGCCUGACACUGGAUGGGACAGGCAGAGUGUGUUUAGAUAUCCGAAUGGAGCAAUGCUACCUGAAGUGGGAUGAAGAUGAGUGUGUUCAACCUGUCCCUGGAAAGUUUCGGAUGGACACCUGCUGCUGUGCUGUAGGUGCUGCUUGGGGCUCAGAUUGUGAGGAAUGUCCCAAGCCCGGCACAAAGGAGUAUGAAGCAUUAUGUCCCAGAGGACCAGGCUUUUCCAACCGAGGAGAUAUUUUAACUGGAAGGCCGUUUUAUAAAGAUAUAAAUGAGUGCAAAGUGUUCACUGGCAUGUGCACAAAUGGCAAAUGCAGAAACGCAAUUGGAAGCUUCAAAUGUAGAUGUAACAGUGGAUUUGCAUUAGAUAUGGAGGAGAGAAAUUGUACAGAUAUUGAUGAGUGCCAUAUCUCACCUGAUCUCUGUGGAAGUGGUACCUGUGUCAACACUCCAGGCAGCUUUGAGUGUGAGUGCUUUGAGGGCUACGAAAGUGGAUUUAUGAUGAUGAAGAACUGCAUGGACAUAGAUGAAUGUGAACGUAACCCUCUUCUCUGUAGAGGUGGCAAGUGUGUGAAUACAGAAGGAAGCUUUCAGUGUGACUGUCCUCUUGGCCAUGAAUUGUCUUCAUCACGUGAAGAUUGUGUGGAUAUUAAUGAAUGUUCUCUUAGUGAUAACCUUUGCAGAAAUGGCAAAUGUGUAAACAUGAUUGGGAUGUAUCAGUGUUCCUGUAAUCCUGGAUAUCAAGCCACCCCAGACAGACAAGGCUGCAUUGAUAUUGAUGAAUGCAUGAUUAUGAAUGGAGGCUGUGACACCCACUGCACUAAUUCAGAAGGCAGCUAUGAAUGCAGUUGCAGUGGUGGAUAUGCUCUAAUGCCAGAUAUGAGGACUUGUGCAGACAUUGAUGAAUGUGAAAACAACCCAGAAAUCUGUGAUGGUGGACAGUGCACUAACAUUCCAGGAGAAUAUCGCUGUCUUUGUUAUGAUGGCUUCAUGGCUUCAAUGGACAUGAAAAUAUGCAUUGAUGUGAAUGAGUGUGACCUGAAUUCAAACAUCUGUAUGUUUGGAGAGUGUGAAAACACCAAAGGGUCCUUUAUUUGUCAUUGCCAGCUGGGUUAUUCUGUCAAGAAAGGAACCACAGGAUGUACAGAUGUGGAUGAAUGUGAGAUUGGUGCCCACAACUGCGACCUGCAUGCCUCGUGUGUCAAUGUCCCAGGAAGCUUCAGGUGUAGCUGUAAAGAAGGGUGGAUUGGAAAUGGCAUUAAGUGUAUUGAUCUUGAUGAAUGUUCUAAUGGGACACACCAGUGUAGUAUAAAUGCUCAGUGUGUGAAUGCUCCUGGAUCAUAUCGUUGUACCUGUGCAGAAGGAUUUACUGGAGAUGGAUUUACUUGUUCAGAUAUUGAUGAAUGUGCAGAAAAUAUUAAUCUGUGUGAAAAUGGACAGUGCCUGAAUAUCCCUGGUGGAUACCGUUGUGAGUGUGAGAUGGGCUUCACUCCAGCUUCAGACAGCAGAUCUUGCCAAGAUAUUGAUGAAUGUGCCUUCCAGAAUAUCUGUGUGUUUGGUACUUGCAAUAACUUACCAGGAAUGUUUCACUGUAUUUGUGAUGAUGGCUAUGAACUGGAUAGAACUGGAGGAAAUUGUACAGACAUUGAUGAGUGUGCUGAUCCUAUAAAUUGUGUCAAUGGUUUCUGUGUGAAUACUCCUGGAAGAUAUGAGUGUAACUGCCCUCCAGAUUUCCAGCUGAACCCAACAGGAGUUGGCUGUGUUGAUAAUCGAAUUGGUAACUGUUAUUUGAAAUAUGGACCAAGAGGAGAUGGAAGUCUAUCGUGCAACACCGAAAUUGGUGUUGGAGUCAGCCGUUCCUCCUGCUGCUGCUCUUUGGGAAAGGCCUGGGGAAAUCCCUGCGAGACUUGCCCGCCUGUAAAUAGCAGUGAAUAUAAUACUCUCUGUCCAGGGGGUGAAGGUUUCAGACCAAAUCCCAUAACUAUUAUCUUAGAAGACAUUGAUGAAUGCCAAGAAUUGCCUGGUCUCUGCCAAGGUGGAAACUGCAUCAAUACUUUUGGCAGCUUUCAGUGUGAAUGUCCCCAUGGGUACUACCUCAGUGAAGAAACUCGCAUAUGUGAAGAUAUUGAUGAGUGUGUUGCACAUCCUGGUGUCUGUGGUCCUGGGACAUGCUACAACACCUUAGGAAACUACACCUGCAUUUGCCCUCCAGAAUAUAUGCAGGUGAAUGGAGGACAUAACUGUAUGGAUAUGAGAAAGAGCUUUUGCUAUCGAAGCUACAAUGGAACUUCUUGUGAUAAUGAACUUCCCUUUAACGUGACCAAGAGGAUGUGUUGCUGCACCUAUAAUGUGGGGAAAGCCUGGAAUAAGCCUUGUGAGCCAUGUCCAACCCCAGGCACAGUUGAAUUCAAGACAAUAUGUGGAAAUAUUCCUGGCUUCACGUUUGACAUCCAUACGGGCAAAGCUGUUGAUAUUGAUGAAUGCAAAGAGAUUCCAGGGAUUUGUGCAAAUGGUGUUUGCAUUAAUCAGAUUGGCAGCUUCCGCUGUGAAUGCCCCACAGGAUUCAGCUAUAAUGAUCUGCUUUUGGUCUGUGAAGAUAUUGAUGAAUGCAGCAAUGGUGACAAUCUCUGUCAGCGAAAUGCAGAUUGUAUUAACAGUCCUGGCAGUUACCGCUGUGAAUGUGCUGCAGGUUUCAAGCUUUCACCCAAUGGUGCCUGUGUUGAUCGCAAUGAAUGUCAGGAAAUUCCUAAUGUAUGUAGUCAUGGCACGUGUGUGGAUAAAGAAGGGACUUACCACUGCAUCUGUCAGAAUGGUUUUAAGGCAUCCCAUGAUCAAACUAUGUGCAUGGAUGUUGAUGAAUGUGAAAGACAUCCUUGUGGAAAUGGAACUUGUAAAAACACAGUUGGAUCAUAUAACUGCCUGUGUUAUCCAGGAUUUGAGCUAACUCAUAAUAAUGACUGUAUGGAUAUUGAUGAGUGCAGUUCCUUCUUUGGGCAGGUGUGCAGAAAUGGGAGGUGUUUUAAUGAAAUUGGUUCCUUCAAAUGUUUAUGUAAUGAAGGUUAUGAACUUACUCCAGAUGGCAAAAACUGUAUAGAUAUUAAUGAGUGUGUGGUGCUUCCUGGCUCAUGUUUUCCUGGUACAUGUCAAAAUUUGGAAGGAUCAUUCAGAUGCAUUUGCCCACAAGGGUAUGAAGUGAAAAGUGAAAGCUGCAUUGAUAUUGAUGAGUGCAAUGAGGAUCCCAACAUCUGUCUCUUUGGAUCCUGCACUAAUACUCCAGGAGGAUUCCAGUGCAUCUGCCCAACAGGCUUUGUAAUAUCUGACAAUGGCAGGAGAUGUUUUGAUACUCGACAGAGCUUCUGCUUCAUGAACUUUGAAAAUGGAAAGUGCUCUGUACCAAAGGCUUUUAAUACCACCAAGGCAAAAUGCUGCUGCAGUAAGAUGCCAGGAGAAGGUUGGGGUGAUCCGUGUGAGCUGUGCCCUAAAGAAGACGAAGUUGCUUUCCAGGAUUUGUGUCCAUUUGGCCAUGGGACUAUCCCUGGGAUUGACGAUACACGUGAAGAUGUCAAUGAAUGUCUUGAGAGCCCAGGCAUUUGUUCCAAUGGUCACUGCAUAAACACAGAUGGAUCAUUUCGUUGUGAAUGUCCCUUGGGAUACAGCCUAGACUAUACUGGAGUGCAUUGUGUAGAUACCGAUGAAUGUUCAAUUGGUAAUCCAUGUGGAAAUGGUACAUGUUCCAAUGUGAUUGGUAGCUUUGAAUGUAAUUGCCUUGAUGGGUUUGAACCUGGGCCAAUGAUGAAUUGUGAAGAUAUAAAUGAAUGUGCACAGAACCCUUUGCUAUGUGCUUUUCGCUGCAUAAAUACCUAUGGUUUCUAUGAAUGCACCUGUCCAGUGGGUUAUGAAUUAAGAGAAGACCAAAAAAUGUGCAAAGAUCUUGAUGAAUGUGCUGAGGGCCUACAUGACUGUGAAUCAAGAGGCAUGAUGUGCAAAAAUCUGAUUGGGACCUUCAUGUGUAUCUGCCCCCCUGGAAUGACCCGAAGACCAGAUGGAGAAGGUUGCAUGGAUGAAAAUGAAUGCCACACCAAGCCAGGUAUCUGUGAAAAUGGUCGCUGCGUCAACUUUAUUGGAAGUUACAGGUGUGAAUGUUAUGAAGGUUUCCAGUCAAGCCCAUCUGGAACUGAAUGCAUUGAUAAUCGCCAAGGCUUCUGCUUUGCUGAAGUUCUACAGAUAAUGUGCCAGAUGGCCUCUAGUAGCCGUAAUCUUGUCACCAAAUCAGAGUGCUGUUGUGAUGGAGGAAGAGGGUGGGGCAACCAAUGUGAAAUUUGCCCACUUCCCGGAACAACUCAGUACAAGAAACUUUGUCCACAUGGUCCAGGGUACACCACUGAUGGGACAGAUAUUGAUGAGUGUAAGGUCAUGGCAAGUCUGUGUAGGCAUGGCCAAUGCAUCAACACCAUGGGCUCCUUCAGAUGCUUGUGUAAAGUUGGCUAUACCACUGACAUUAGUGGUACUUCUUGUGUGGAUCUUGAUGAAUGUGCCCAGUCUCCCAAGCCAUGCAAUUUUAUCUGCAAGAAUACAGAAGGAAGCUACCAGUGUUCAUGCCCACGUGGCUACAUCCUCCAAGAAGAUGGAAAGACCUGUAGAGAUCUUGAUGAAUGUCAAACUAAGCAGCAUAACUGCCAAUUCCUUUGUGUCAAUACAUUGGGAGGUUUCACAUGUAAAUGUCCACCAGGUUUCACACAACAUCAUACAGCUUGUAUUGAUAACAAUGAAUGUGGAUCACAGCCUUUGCUUUGUGGAUCAAAAGGAAUCUGUCAGAAUACUCCUGGAAGUUUCUCCUGUGAAUGUCAGAGAGGUUUCUCUCUAGAUUCAACUGGAUUAAACUGUGAAGAUGUGGAUGAGUGUGAUGGAAACCACAGGUGUCAACACGGCUGCCAAAAUAUUCUUGGUGGCUACAGGUGUGGCUGCCCACAAGGAUAUGUUCAACAUUACCAAUGGAAUCAAUGUGUGGAUGAAAAUGAAUGCUCAAAUCCUAUCAUUUGUGGCUCGGCUUCCUGCUACAACACCCUUGGAAGCUACAAAUGUGCAUGCCCCUCUGGAUUUUCUUAUGACCAAUUCUCAAGUGCAUGCCAUGAUGUAAAUGAGUGCUCAUCUACUAAGAACCCUUGCAAUUAUGGAUGCUCCAAUACUGAAGGGGGCUAUCUUUGUGGCUGCCCACCUGGCUAUUACAGAGUUGGGCAAGGACACUGUGUCUCAGGAAUGGGAUUUAAUAAAGGCCAGUAUCUACCACUAGAUGAAGAUGAAGAGAAUGCAUUGUCUCCUGAAGCAUGUUAUGAGUGUAAAAUUAAUGGCUACAAAAAAGAAAACAGGAGGAAAAGAAGCCUCAAUCAAACUGAGCCUGCUGAGGUCAGUCUGGCAAGUUUAGAUAUUGACCUCCCAUUGAAGAUGAAGUUUAACGUGUCCGGGCUUCGCAAUAAGGAACACAUCUUAGACCUCAUGCCUGCAAUACAGCCCCUCACAAACCAUAUCCGCUAUGUCAUCUCCUUCGGUAAUCACAACAGUGUCUUCCGGAUACACCAGAAAGAUGGGCUCAGUUAUCUUCAGCUUGCUAAAAAGAAAGCAGUUGCUGGCACUUACACACUGGAAAUCGUUAGCAUUCCUCUCUACAAAAAGAAUGAGCUAAAGAAACUGGAAGAAAGCAACGAGGACAACUACCUCCUAGGGGAGCUUGGAGAAGCUCUUAAAAUGAGGCUCUGGAUUGAACUCUACUAAAACCUCCACUACUUAGGCCCACUUCAUGAAUGACUCACUUCCAUUCAUGUACUUAUACACUCGAUCAUACUUUGUUUUUCAGAAGCUUUAAAGGAAUCAAUGACUUACUUUUCCAAAAGACCAGAAAACUACAAAGGAUAGAGACCUCUGUAUCCUUCCAUCCUGUCCAAGACUGCAGCGUGGCCCUUUGACCAUGGCCAAAGCUUUGACUACAAUGCCAAUCAUGGUUACUGUAUCUUCUGUACAACCUCAGUUUAAAGUAUACUUAAAACAACAAACUGGUGCUCAAGAGGUCGGCAUAUGGCACUAAAUGGCACAAAAAUGUGAGCUACUUUUUCCUGUUAGCAGUCUAGCAUGUUGGGUAUUUUGCUGUGGUUCCUAAAUUAAAAAAUAGAGAUUUUAUUUAUUUUUAAUGCAGUAAUAUAUGGAGAAAUUAACAAUCUAUGUUAACAAAAAAGGGAAACACUUGUUUUUCUUUGAGAUUUUAUGAAUUUGAACUAUUACAGGUAAGAGGUUCUUUCUUUUUUUAAAAAAAGAAGAGAAACAAAUAGAUUCCCCCAAAAAAAUUCCUCUCACUAUUGUGCCAGUCGUCCAUAUAGCAUAAAAACAGUAUUUCAAAAUAACGCAUAGCCAAAUGAGCACUGUAGUACACUUCAGCCCGCCCACCCCACACAAAAUCCUUUUUCAAGCAGGGUAUUAAGUCAUGUCUAAUUAUUAACAACCAUGAACAAAAUUUCAGUAAUUAUACGCCUCAGUACUAAUGCUCACCUCACAGCCAAGAGGAGUGGAUUCCAUAUCAGAGACGAUUAAUAAUAGAAGAUGGCGCACAACCACUGUAGCAAAAUACCUGGACUGCUUGUGCUACCACUAGCAUUGCAGGCCAAACCGUACUGUAUUUCCUUCAGAUAACCUCAAUAUAUCACACAACACCUCAUUCACCACAAACUAAAGGUGCUCUACAUACUUGCAUUACUGUAGGCAGCUGAAUACAUACCUUAUAUUCUUAGAAGGGAACACCUGAUGUCUCAUUCUGUUUGGUGCUGGCUUGGAUUAAUGCUGAAAUGAAUAUGCCUGAGCUAUUUCAGGACUGCCAUAUGUGCACACUAUUCAUGCUGCACAGAAAAAAAAAGAUGCAUAUUUGAAAACAAUUAAGGAUUUUCAUUAAUACUGUAGUUAUACACAAUAUGCCUCAUUUUAUCAUAGCCUAUUUUGUAAGAUUUACUUUUGUACAAUGAGUUGGCAUUUAGUUUAGUAUUUUAAAAAUUGUUGUGCCAUUUUGUUUUAAUAAGUGUAUGUUGCCGUGGUGCUAUUAUUGACAGCUGGUACCUGAAACAAAUAAUGUAAAAGAACGUCGCACGUGACCCAGUCCAAAGCACUUCCCAAAUCUGUUCCCUCUCUCCCCAUACAUUGACCUGUGCUAACCAAAGAUUAGAAACAAGUUACGCUCACUGUUUGGAUUCGUAUUUUGUAUUUUCUUUAUGAAAAGAAGAAAACAUUGUAAAUUACAAUUCUGUUUUUGAGAAAAAGCGGUAUUGUUUCGUUGGCCUUUGUACUAAUACAGCACCACUUUUCCUGCAAUAAAACUUAUUUU